AUGAGCGCAACAUCUCAAACACCGUUCGGCAAGCCAAUGCUCAAGCAUUGGAUGUUUGAUCCGGACUACAAGAACCUCAAUCACGGAUCUUUCGGGGCUCAUCCAAUCCCCGUCAAAGAUGCACAGCGGGCCUUUAUGGAUCUCGCUGACCAGCAGCCUGAUCCUUACAUCCGUCGUCAUAAUUCCGAGCACCUGAUCAAGGCCCGCGACGCUGUCGCAAAGCUCAUCAAUGCCCCGCGCAGCGAGUGUGUCUUUGUCAAGAAUGCAACAACCGGUGUGGCGACGGUGCUUUACAACCUGGCGUUCCAGCCCGAAGAAGCCCUGAUCUACUUCGAGCCUGUGUAUGGCGCUGUGGAAAAAGGUGUGGUCUCCUUGCAGGAACAUCGUUCCUUGAAGGCGCGGAAGGUCUCUUUCCAAUUCCCCAUCGCAGAAGAUGAGCUCGAGCGCCGAUUCCGCGAGGUGAUCCAACAGACCCGCAACGAGGGCCUGAAGGUCCGAGCUAGCGUCUUUGAUGGCAUCGUCAGCAACCCAGGUGUUCGAUUCCCUUUUGAGCGAAUUACUGCGAUCUGUCGCGAAGAAGGUAUUCUGAGCGUCAUUGAUGCCGCACACGGCAUUGGCCAGAUUCCCCUCGACAUGGAGAAGUUGCAGCCCGACUUUUUCGUCUCAAACUGUCAUAAAUGGCUUUACACUCCCCGUAGCUGUGCAGUCCUCUACACCCCCCACCGUAACCAACAUCUACUCCGCACCACGUUGCCAACAUCCUGGGGAUUCAUCCCAAACCCAGACUCCCCGGACACUAUCGCUUCCGUGCUAUCUGAUCCAAAUGCCCCGGUAACCAAAACACCCUACGAGACCCUGUUCGAAUUUGUCGCCACCAGCGAUGACUCCGCCUAUCUCUGCGUCCCUGCAGCGCUAGAAUUCCGCGAGAAAGUCUGCGGUGGCGAAGAAGCCAUCAUGUCGUACUGCCAGCGCGUCGUCAAUGAAGGCGCGGAUGCUAUCGCCGCUAUCCUCGGCACAGAGGUUAUGCAAGAGCCUGAUCUGAAGCCCGGAGAAGAGAGCAAGAUGCGUCAGUGUGCUAUGACGACUGUUCGAUUGCCUAUUGGCGUUGCUUCUGGCAAGGAGAAUGAGUCUUUUGAUGACUCUACGUUAGCUGUGUUGAGCCAGACGGAGGCUCCUAAUGCGUUUUCUUGGAUUCAGACGAAACUCAUGGAUGAGUAUAAUACUUUCUUGCCGGUGUUUCAACAUGGUGCGUGGCUUUGGACCCGUCUAAGUGGCCAGACAUACUUGGAGACAAGUGAUUUCGAGGCUGUUGGUGGUGUCCUGCGUGGGCUGUGUGAGCGGGUUGCCAAGAAAGAGUUCCAGGCAUAA